GGAGAGGGAGGAGCCAGAGAGAGAGGAGAACGGGAGAGACCGGAGUGAGCCCGAAGAUGCUGAGUUUUUUCCGGCGCACGUUGGGGCGCCGGUCGAUGCGCCGGUAUGCGGAGAAGGAGCGCCUGCGUGAAGCCCAGAGGGCGCCGACACACAUCCCGGCCGCCGGGGACGCCAAGUCUGUCAUCACCUGCCGAGUGUCUCUGCUGGAUGGGAGUGAUGUCAGCGUGGAUCUGCCGAAAAAAGCCAAAGGCCAGGAGCUGUUUGAUCAGAUUAUGUACCAUCUGGACCUGAUCGAGAAGGAUUACUUCGGCCUGCAGUUCAUGGAUUCGGCCCAAGUGCCUCACUGGCUGGAUAACACCAAGAGCAUCAAAAAACAAGUGAAAAUCGGACCCCCGUACUGUCUGCACCUCCGCGUCAAAUUCUACUCCUCGGAGCCAAACAACCUUCGGGAAGAGCUGACCCGGUACCUGUUUGUUCAGCAGCUGAAGCAGGACCUCCUGAGCGGGAAGCUGGAGUGCCCGUUCGACACGGCGGUGCAGCUGGCGGCUUAUAUCCUGCAAGGGGAGCUGGGCGACUUCGACCCGUCGGAGCACGAGCCGGGGCUGGUGUCGGAGUUCCGCUUUGUGCCGACGCAGACGGAGGAUCUGGAGCUGGCCGCGUUCCAGAAGUGGAAGGAAUUCAGGGGACAGACUCCCGGCGAAGCGGAAACCAAUUAUCUGAACAAAGCCAAGUGGCUGGAGAUGUACGGCGUGGACAUGCACGUGGUGAAGGCUCGCGAUGGGAACGAUUACCAGCUCGGUCUGACCCCGACCGGCGUCCUGGUUUUUGAAGGCGACACCAAAAUCGGACUGUUUUUCUGGCCCAAAAUAACCAGACUGGAUUUUAAGAAGAGCAAAUUAACGCUGGUGGUCGUGGAGGACGACGAGCAGGGGAAGGAGCAGGAACACACCUUCGUCUUUAAGAUGGAUCACCCCAAGGCCUGCAAACACCUGUGGAAAUGCGCCGUCGAGCACCAUGCCUUCUUCCGCCUGCGGGGUCCGGUCCAGAAGGGCGCCAGUCGCUCUGGAUUCAUACGGCUCGGGUCUCGCUUCAGAUACAGCGGAAAAACUGAAUAUCAGACGACAAAGUCCAGUAAACCGCGGCGAUCGUCGUCCUUCGAGCGCCGGCCCAGCAAACGCUACUCCAGGAGGACCCUGCAGAUGAGAGGUACCCCAAGGAUGCCGACGAAGUUGGAAGCAAUGCACGUCCAGAACCAUCCGGCCGCCCAGACCAACGGCUCUCAGCAGGUUUGGCCGGCGCGGCCGUCGGUUCCCGUGGUUAAUAGUUUACCGUCUGGACCCGUCCUCGUGGAAAUCGAAAACCUGCCCAAGAGCCCCGGAGCCGGCCAAGGAGACAAGAAAUGCUUCGUGGGAUUAUUUGACAGCAAAGACCUGCUGGAGAGCGGCCUCGACGACGUCCUCGCCCCGACGCUCCCGGCUUCCGUCUUGGACACCGCCGGCCUGGGAUUAUCCAACCCCGGCCUGGAGGAGACUGCAGAGGCUUCGCCGGAACAAAUGGACCCCGCGUCAGCGUUUGAUGACAUCACUGCGAAACUGAAGAAUCUGGAAGCCGAUUGCGCCGCUGCCUGCCCGGUGUGGACCAAUAAGAACGUCAACGUGAACAAGCAGGAGGACUCGGCGAAGCUGCCGGAGAAAUGUCUGAAUAACGCGAUGGACGCUUCUCGGGUCUCUGCGGAUAUAAAGAGCAACAUCCUGAAAGCGCAGCUGGAAGCCGGGAAGCAGAUGCUGAGGGAGGAUUUGGUGACGGGGGAGAGAAGUCUCGCUGCGGAGGAUCCUGCGCUCAGGAAUCUGACGGCAAAAAUCAAUAACGGUUCCUUAACGCAAUUAACCCCGGAGUGUCCGGACCUGACCUCGUCUCCGGUCGCCGCGCGGAGCUGCUUCCUCGUGAACGUUCUCGCUGAGGAGGUUGUUGUUUCCCGGACUGAUCACCCGGUGAUUCCGUCCGUUUCCCGUGAAGAGGCUCUCGGUGUUAAGAGUGCGGUCGACGACCUGGACGGCCUCCUGGCUUCUCUCACCGAAAACCUCAUCGACCUCACGGACAAACCUCCAGAUGACGAGGAAUGCUGCCGGGUCUCCAAACCGCCGCCUGAGAUAUCCUUCCCCCCCGCGCAGCCGCCUUCCUACUCAACCGUCACACCGAGGUGGAUUAUACCGACGACCAAGCCGUCGGUCGGCCAUCUGGCUGGAGACGCUGUGAAGAUUUCGAGCGCCGUUGGCGAGACCCUCCCUUCUCUGGAAACCCCGGUGGGCAACGGAAGCACCGUGAUCUGUGAAGAACCCCCGAGGCUGAAAUGUCUGCUCACGACGGAGCUCUGAGCCUCACCGGGAACCUAAGGGAGCCUCCAAGACCCCCGCUGUCCUCACGUGAGACUCCGGGGAGAGUCUGAUCGCUAUUCUCGGGACCCUCGGACCUCUGGUUUUAGGAGACUUUGUUUUUUUUUUAUACACUGGAGUUUUUUUCUGCUAACCUUCCAAAAUGUGAUUGUUGAGCGGGACCACACUGAAAAACAUUCCAUUUUAAUUUUUUACCCCAAAAAGGCUUUUUCUGAUGAUUCCUUAGGUACGGAUUUG